CUUGACCGACUGCUUUCUUUCUCUCUUGCUUCGAACUUAAUAUUUCACUACAACCGAGAAUAUGAUUACUCCAAAAGACCAACAACUAUUUCCUGAUCCGGGUUUUUUCCGGGGUAUUCAUCUAAAGAAGACAAUCAAGGAUAAAUGUAGGAUUUUCGGAGAGACGACCAUGUACUACGGCAAUGCUGGAUCUGUCCAGGUAUUGUCUCCGAUCCCGGGCUCUCCAUCACCAGACACUGAACCAAUGAUUGACCGCAUGCGAGCAGACUGUCCGGAGAGAUCGUCACUGGUCAGAUCUGACCAUAAAGACAAGGCUAAGAAAAAGAAAUCCAUUCCAAAAAACAAGAUUUCGUCCUCGAAAAUUACCAAAGGAUUUGGUUACUCUUUACCGCCCAUAGCAAAUGUGCAUACAACUAUACCUUCGAAGGAGACGGGCGAGAAUCCAAAGUUAUUAAAAUCGACGGAAGAAUGCAAACCAAUAAACCUGCCGAGCUUGAGAACUAGCCGAAACAGGAAACGAUUACCAAAGGGAAAUAACUCGUCUACACGUAACGUUUUGUAUGAAGUCCCGCCACCCCGGCUGCGGACUGACAGUCUUCCAUCUCUUCGAAUCAAAGCUUUGGUUGUUCGGUAGAAACUUCAAAGAUGGAGUAAAGACAUUUGACUAUUGUUGAUAAGAUACGAGUCUCUGAUUCUAAUGGGUUUUUUUUUUUUAAUUAUUCUGGAAAAUGAACACCCAUACAUAAUAAAUGCUGAACACAAUUAUGAUCUA